GAGUUAAGUAGCUUUUUGCGUGUUUACUCAACUCGAAACAGUCGGUGUAGUGUAUCUUUCUCAGCUACUUCAGUGUUCUAUCUUUCAUUCCAAGCAUCUAACUUCAUCUUCCAUUAGAUCCACUACUACAUCUGUCCUCCAUUUCAGAUCUGUAGUAAUUCAAGUCUUGAUCAUGCAUUAACAAUAAAAUCGCCUUCUGGAGUACCUACAGAUCUAUAUCAAAACCAGAGUGUAUAGCUGGGAUUUAGAUGAAAGAAGCCAAUUCUACGACAGAUCCGAUCGGGCAAAACCUAAUAAAGCUCAUAAGCAAUGUCUGCUUCUCCGUGUUUGUAUUCACUGUUCUUGUAUUUACUGUAAUCGCGAUAACAUACCAACCACCCGAUCCAUGGGAAUCUUCGAGAGCCCUAACUAGGGUUUUCACAGAGGUGGAAAAUGCCACGUUUCAGACAGAUAACUCAGUCCUCAAAACCGGGGAAGACAUCGGAAUGGCUCUUCUCAGCCCAAGUCCAGCUCCUUCCGAAGCUGAUCUCGAGUCAAGCGACUCACAAAACUCCCCAACAAUCGAGAAAUCAGAAGAAAAAGGUACGAAUCUAAGCUUGAGCUCUGGUGCUUGUGAUGAUACAAAAUUAGUAAACUGUUCCGAUAGGGGAGUUUUGAUGGCUAUCAAGAAAUUCAACCUAAAACACUUCAAAUCAAUAGUGUUUCUCGACUAUCAAACACCAGUCAACACCUCAAAUCCAAACGAAUGUGAUGUCACAUGGAGAUUCCGGAAUCGGAAAGAGAAAUCCUGGAGAAGGUAUAGAGAUUUCAGAAGGUUCAGGAUCGGAUUCACCGAUUCCUGCACUUACAAAGUAAUCGGAGCAAAAGGAUGGCAUUCCGGUGUCAAUGCACGUCGUCCCAGGAAUAGAAUCAACAAUUCCACCAGAACUGGAAUUCGAUCCAAUUUCUCUUCUUCUUCUUCUUCUUUCCGUGAUGAUGAAAUCAACGACACAAUUCCAAUUCUAGGUUCAGAUCAAUCUUUCAGAAACGGGAAAUAUUUAUACUAUUCACGUGGAGGGGAUUACUGUAAGAACAUGAAUCAUUACAUCUGGAGCUUCUUAUGUGCCCUAGGUGAAGCUCAAUAUUUAAAUCGCACAUUUGUUAUGGAUUUAAGCGUUUGUUUAGCAUCAGAUUACACAUCAAGUGGAAAAGACGAAGAAGGAAAAGACUUCAGAUUCUAUUUCGACUUUGAACAUCUGAAAGAAACUUCUUCAAUAGUUGAAGAAGAAGAGUUUCUCAAAGAUUGGAGAAGAUUUGAAAAGAGAAACAAAAGGAAAAUCCCCUUAAGAAAAGUUCCAUCUUACAAAAUCACACCAAUGCAAUUAAAAAAAGAUAAAUCCACAAUAAUCUGGAGACAAUUCGAUACCCCUGAACCUGAAAACUAUUGGUAUAGAGUGUGUGAAAGUAAAGCUUCAAAUUACAUUCAAAGACCAUGGCAUUCAUUGUACAAAUCAAAAAGAUUAAUGAACAUAGUUUCUGAAAUAAGUGGACAAAUGGAUUGGGAUUUUGAUGCUGUUCAUGUUGUUAGAGGUGAAAAGGCGAAAAAUAAAGACAUGUGGCCUCAUUUAGAUGAUGACACAUCACCUGAUAAUUUAGUUGUAAAGCUUUUGAAUGUUAUACAACCAUGGAGGAAUCUUUAUGUUGCUACAAAUGAAAAGUUUUAUAAUUAUUUUGAUAGAUUAAGGUCUCAUUAUAAGGUUCAUUUGCUUGAUGAUUAUAAGGAGUUAUGGGGGAAUACAAGUGAGUGGUAUAAUGAGACACGUGUCUUAAAUGGUGGAAAUCCUGUUGAGUUUGAUGGAUAUAUGAGAGUUGCAGUGGAUACUGAGGUUUUAUAUAGAGCAAAGACACAAGUUGAGACUUUUUAUAAUUUGACUAAAGAUUGCAAAGAUGGGAUAAACACGUGUUGACCAGGUUGUUUAUGGUGUAGAGGGGUAGAAUUGGAAGAUUGUGAUGAGAAUGAAAGAGGAAGGAACAUUGGAAAAGCUUAAAAAGUGAUUUGUAAAUUUGUUUUGUUUGUUUGUUUAAUUGUAUUUGAUAGAUAUUUUAUGCAAAAAUGAUAUGGAAAUGAGCAGUUUUUGUGUUUAAAAUUGAUUUGGGUAAAAAAUGUAGGAUUAUUUUUAAUAUAUAUUCCAUGUAGAAUA